AUGGGCUGUGUGGUCACCUGCACAGUGUACGUGGGCUAUGUGUUCACCUGCACAGUGUACGUGGGCUGUGUGUUCACCUGCACGGUGUACGUGGGCUGUGUGGUCACCUGCACAGUGUACGUGGGCUGUGUGUUCACCUGCACAGUGUACGUGGGCUGUGUGUUCACCUGCACAGUGUACGUGGGCUGUGUGUUCACCUGCACAGUGUACGUGGGCUGUGAGUUCACCUGCACAGUGUACGUGGGCUGUGUGGUCACCUGCACAGUGUACGUGGGCUGUGUGUUCACCUGCACAGUGUACGUGGACUGUGUGGUCACCUGCACAGUGUACGUGGGCUGUGUGUUCACCUGCACAGUGUACGUGGACUGUGUGGUCACCUGCACAGUGUACGUGGGCUGUGUGGUCACCUGCACAGUGUACGUGGGCUGUGUGUUCACCUGCACGGUGUACGUGGGCUGUGUGGUCACCUGCACGGUGUACGUGGGCUGUGUGGUCACCUGCACGGUGUACGUGGGCUGUGUGGUCACCUGCACGGUGUACGUGGGCUGUGUGGUCACCUGCACAGUGUACGUGGGCUGUGUGGUCACCUGCACGGUGUAUGUAGGCUGUGCGCAGAACCUGAAAAAUGGACUGUGA